AUGGCAGACACCCUCAUCGCUGGUGAAAGGAAUCAUUCGAGGAAUGAGCUCGAUAUGGAGGUCUUCUCCUCAAAUGUACUGUUCUAUUGUGGCCUCUACUUUGCUCUCGGCAUGGCCCUUCUGGCAAUAGGAUACAUUUCGAAUGCGAGCUUAUACACGAUGUGUGAACGGCGGGUGCAUUCAAUUCGAGCCAAAUACCUUCGAGCAGUUAUGCGUCAGGACAUGACGUGGUUUGAUCAGCAGCAAACUGGAGCACUUACUAUGAAAAUGAGCAGUUGGAGGAUGGCAUUGGUCAUGCUCAUCACGGUGCCCUUGCUUCUCGGAGCCACCCAGGUGUCUGGAAAGAAGGAUAGGAGAAGGAGGAGAGAGGAUUUGAAGGAUUUUGGAAUUUGA